AUGUAUUUUUACAAGUGUAAGAGAUUCCAAAAGCUCUAUCAUUUUCUCCACAUAACGCUCUCCAUAGUAACUAAGAACUGCAGCUGCUCUGAUGAUGUUGUCCUACCUUUCCAACGACUAGUCGUUCUUUUGGUGGGAUUUUAUUGCAAGGUUUUCGUUUUGCCCAAAAGCUCAACUCUAUUUGAGCUUCUCUCCUUCCGUGAUACACUCUGUGCCCACUGUCUUGGAUUACAGAGAUCCAUGAUGAUGAUAACGCCAAAGCUACGAUUUACGAAAGCCUUGUCUUUAGCUUCAGCUAUCAGAAGCUUCCACUUUCCACUGCUCUGGGAAUUGGGUAACAUUCAAUCUCCAACCCUUUUAUUUACUUAUCCUUUCAAUUCUUCUUCUACCUCUACUUCCACUCACACUCAUAAAGAUGCAAGCGUGAGAUCUAAAUUCUAUUCUGCUUCUUUUAGGGACGUUGAUGAUGCCCUUGCUUCCUUUAAUCACAUCAUUCUUAUGCAUCCUCUUCCUUCUAGGGUUCCAUUCUCUCGAUUUUUAUCUGCUCUUGUCAGAAUGAAACAGUACCACACUGUCGUUUCAUUGUCCAGGAAAAUUGAGUCUCUAGGAAUGUCACACGAUGUUUGUUCUCUUAACAUAUUGAUUAAUUGCUUCUGCCUCUUACACCAUGCUGAUUUUGGCUUCUCAACUUUGGGGAAAAUCCUCAAAAUUGGAUUGGAGCCUAAUAUCGUAACAUUUAAUAUCUUAAUUAAUGGCCUAUGUAUAAAUGGUAAAAUCAAUCUAGCAGUAUACCUUUUCAAUGAUAUGGUUGCUAGCGGUUAUCAACCUGAUGUACUUGCAAUGUGA